AUGGUACUGGGGAAACUUCGUCGUCGGUACGUACCCGGCUACCAUGAACCAUCUCUACCUACCUUACAAUGCCUGGGCCAAGCACCAUGCAAGUUGCACGGAAACCUGCUCCCACUUCGCUGCUCCGGCGGCGGCCAGCCCGACCGGUACCUUGUCCCCUCCACUACAUCCAACCGUAACACGCUUGUCUCUUUUAAGAGAGGGUCGUCUUGCGGCCUGCCAUGGGGCCAUAGGCCAUGGCUUGUGUCGUCGGCCGACUUUGGGGGGGAUGGGGGGAAGAGCUGCGUGGUGUGCGGGCAGUAA